AUGACAAAGCAAUUUGAGCUACAAGCAAAGCAAAAUGAACACUUUGAAAGCUCGAUUCAAAUGCUUAUUGCUCAAAAUAAGAGGAUAGAAACUCACCUUUCUCAACUUUCACAACAAGUGAGUCAUUUAUCAACUCUUCAUGAUCAAGCAAAAGUCCAAAAGGAACAAUGCAAUGCAGUUUUCUUGAGAAGAGAUGAAUUAUUUUCGAGGAAAAUAGAUGAGAAAGUGUGCAGUGUGGAGUCAAGAAAAGAUGAAAAGUGUGAGGAUGUAAAAAGUCCCAAAUAUGUUGCUCCACCGGCCUAUGAGGAACCGAUGCUCUUCCCGCAAAGGUUGUCAAAAGUCGUGCUCGAUAAACAUUUUGGGAAAUAUUGCGAGACUCUUAAAAAGGUAUAUGCUUCCAUUCCUUUUUCUGAUCUUUUAAUUCAAAUGCCUCAAUUUGCAAAAUUUGUGAAGGAAAUUAAAGAUCAACAUGAUGAUAAGGAAGUAGUAAAUGAGAAAUGUUCUACUCUUAUACGUGAUAGCCUACCACCUAAGCUGCAUGAUCCUGGUAGUUUUACUAUUCCCUAUAUGGUAAACGAAAUAUUUUUUGACAGGGUUUUGUGUGAUUUAGGUGCUAGUGUUAAUUUAAUUCCUUAUUCAUUAUAUGAAAAAUUAGGUUUGCAAAAACUUAAACCUUCCCCUAUUUCUCUUCAAAUGGCUGAUAGGACUGCUAAACUCCCUAAGGGUGUGGUUGAAGAUGUAUUAGUUAAGAUUGGUAAACUUGUUUUUCCUGUUGAUUUUGUUGUUAUGGAUAUGAAAGAAGACCAUAAGAUCCCGAUUAUAUUUGGUCGCCCAUUCCUUGCCACAAGUCAAGCUCUAAUAGUUGUUCCUAAAAGACAAGUGACCAUUAGGGCCCAGGAUAAACAAGUAGUGUUUAAGCUCUUUAAUGAACAUAAUUUUAUAUUUGAUGGUGGCACUUUUUUAAGAAUUGAUACUACUAACCCUUUGGUUGAUAAGUGUGUAUUUGAUAGAAAUCUUGUGCGAAAUGAGGACAAUAUUCCACCAAAUGAUGUGUUUAGGUACGUCAAGAUAGGUAAGGAGAAUGUAACUUAUGCUUGUGGGAGUUUGUUUUUGUGCAGAUUUUGA